GCAGAUGUUGGAGGCAUUACAAAUAUCGAUUGCAUCGAUUCUUGCAUGACGAUCACUUUCGAGUCUCCAAAUGCCUAUGACUCGGACGUUAGCGCGUGGCUUGAGCAUCCAUCACUCAUCCUGCAAACCGGACAUACUGGUGACUACGAUAACCGCAAGGGAUAUAAUGUUGGAAGCAGAUUGCAUUGGAAUGGAAGCACUCAUUCUUUCAGUGCCAGAAUUGAGAGAAAGACUACCGCUGACAUUAUAUCUUCGAUCCAGGUUAGGUACCACAGCCAUUGCUUAGAGGAACAGGACAACUCAACCGCUGUAAACUCACAGUCAUGGGAUUCAGUCUCCAUAAGCCCUGCUGGCCAGGAUGUGUCUGAUCUCCCGUCCGUCAUUGGAAGGUCCGAAGCUGGUUACUUCAGCACUAACCUCUCUUAUUCUGCCUACCUGGACUACGACGUGGCGAACCAGGUGCUUCGAGAUUUAUACCUUGAUAUCAAUAUAGCCUCCACAGAUGGAAUGCCACUGACGCUGAACGUCACAGGGCCUUAUAACGGCACCGUUGCCUUCUCAGAGAACGCCCUUGGAGGCUGGACUUAUGCCGUCCCAGGUGUACUAGACAUCUCACCCAGCCUUCUGUACUCUUCAGGUGCCGAUGUGGCGACGGCAUCUGCCACGGUGGCGCGUACGAAUCUAACCAACACUCUGAUCGAUGGGCACAUCCAUCUCGAUAUGGUCAAUCCCGAGAGUACAUACUACAGCGGUAUGUGGGAUGGCAACUACGGAUCCGGGGUGACCAUUGAGCCCGUGGCUACCGCCCGCAUCACCCCCUGGUUGACCUUGACGGGCUACAUCGCGGUCAAUGUGACUGGAAUAAACCACGGGUUUUACCAGGCAUUCAAGGGUACAGCAAAUAGCGUCUAUGAUUUUGAGCUCACUGGGGCCGACAAUGUUUGCACUCGUACAUCUUAUGGGUAUAGUAUAGAUACCUUUAAUCUAGAUGGGUGGCGGAAGACGCUCUACAGUAGACAGGACCCUCUCACGGAGGGAUGUAGGUGAGGAUAGGAAGCAGACCACAUUCGUUCAGAAGCGGGC